UUCCAUGAGACAGCGUCGCAGCGGGUUUUCAAGCGUUGUAGAACUGUCACAGGGAGAAACAGGCUAUUAAAUGCUUCAGGACCAGAUGCAGACUCAAUAACGACUGGAUUUUUUUUUUUAAAGAGCCGGAGCAGCAUUCCGUUUACAUUACUCUUAAUGAUAUUUCAGUCUGGUUACAAGAUCUGUUGCAGCCUGAAGAAUAUCUUCAUCAGAUAUGGAAAGCAGUCCUGAUCUGGAUCCUAACAAGGAUGACUUGCCCCUGUGUGCGAACACCAACCAUAUGCUCGUCCGCCACUAUGUCCUUGACCUGGCCGUUUACAUUCAAAGGAAGGUCAUUGCCGGCAGCAUUGUUUUGUUUUUGGAGCCUGGUUUGGGUUCCAGCAAACAAUGUGAAUCAGGAUGUGCCUCAAACACGCAAGAUCAAUCUCAAGUAUCAACCAAACAUGACAUAAAUUCUCCCAUUACACCUGAGCACAAAAGGCUGAUACCCCCUGAGGAACCGCCAUAUUUGAUUGGAGGAAUGGAUGUUGGUAGUGAGGAUGAGAGUGAAGAAUUCACCUUGGUUUUAGAUUGUUGUGACCUGGUAGUUUCAAGAGUUGAAGAGCUGGAUGUUACUACAGUACUGGAUUUAAAAAAACUUGAUGUGAACGAACAGGAUGUGUAUGCAGGACUGGUACAGAGGCUUGUCUCUAUGCCUUCUUCCUGCUGGAGAACACAACAUGAGCUUUACCUUCAGUGCAGCCGUUCAUCAAACAUCGUAAAUACACAACCUCUACAGUUCCACAUGGAUCGGUGGAGCCUUCAGAUUAGGAAAAAGGGGGUUCGCACACCUCAUGAUUUCCCAUGCGCUGUCAGAAUCUGGUAUGAAACUAAGCCCACGGGUGGUUCUGUGAGAUGGACAAAAGACCAGGAUGGCAGAUGCUGUGUUUAUACCAUGGGCUCACCCAUCAACAACAGAGCCCUCUUCCCAUGCCAGGAGCCACCUGUUGCCAUGUCAACGUGGCAAGCGUGUGUGAGGGCUCCGUGUGAUUUCACUGUUCUAAUGAGUGGUGAAAAUCAAGCUUUUCCAGAGCCUGCAGAGACAGGUUUUCAGCAGUGGGAUUAUUAUGUUACAAUGCCAAUGCCAGCAUCUACCUUUACUAUAGCAGUAGGACAAUGGCUAGAAGCUGAAGUUAAAGUGACAAAUUAUGUGGACGACAAACUCAGUCUUCCUUUAGACAGUGGUGAUGAGGAGUACAUUUGUUCCCACAUGGAUUAUCCAUGCCGCUUUAUGGUUGGCCCUGCUAGAGUACAGACUGUUAUUCCUCACCGAGUGUUUGCCCCAUCCUGCCACUUGCAGAAGGCACAGGACAUGGUUCUACCUUUGCUGCCCCUUUGUCUGACUGCGGCCCAUUCUGUUCUUGGUGUCCAUCCAUUCCCGCGUCUAGAUGUGCUCAUUGUUCCCUCAGGGUUUUCCAGUCUGGGCAUGGCCAGUCCACAUAUCGUGUUCCUGUCUCAAAGUGUGCUAACUGGUGAGAGGAACCUCUGUGGGGCAAGGUUAUGCCAUGAAAUUGCCCAUUCCUGGUUCGGGCUGGCCAUUGGAGCACGGGAUUGGACAGAAGAAUGGAUCAGCGAGGGCUUCGCUACUUACUUAGAGGAUGUUUUCUGGAGCCACGUUCAGAAGUUGGGCUGUAGAGAGGCUGAGGAGCAGAGACAGUUAAAGGCUUUGCUGCGCUGGAGGAGAUUGAGUGAUGAGUUGCAGAACUCUGAAGAAGAGCUGCAGGUCCUCAGGCCCAAUAAAGAGAACACAGGGGAAGUGAGCGAGUCCGGUGCGUCAGUUGUGAAGCAUGCCCUCAACCCAGAAAAACCCUUCAUGCAGGUGCACUAUUUGAAGGGCUACUUCCUCUUGAAGUUUCUGGCUGAUCAGAUCGGCGAGGAGAAGUUCCUGCAAUUCUUCAAAGUGUUUGUUGGAAAAUUCCACGGGCAGCUAAUUCUGUCUCAGGAUUUUCUGCAGAUGCUUCUGGACGCAUUUCCAGCAAUGAGCAGCCAGGGCAUCGCACUUGAAACCAUCUUUUCAGACUGGUUAGAUACACCUGAAAUGCCAGAGUGGCUGAGAGACGAAUGCUCAGAAUGGUUGCGGACUCCAGCGGUGCAAGAAGUCAAAGGAGAGGUUGCAAAAUGGAUUCACUUCAGUGGCUCUGGUGGAAAGGGCAGCAAGCGGAAAAGAGCAGGGCCCAAGGUUAACUUCAAAGAGCUGAAUCCAGAGCAGCUGGUGCUUCUGCUGGAGUUUCUUCUAGAGGAAUGCAAUCUGAGUGCGUCCACGCUGAGACUCCUUCAGUCCACUUAUAACCUACAGGCUCAGGAUGCUGAGGUGAAACAUCGCUGGUGUGAACUUGCGGUCAAGCAUAAACACACCGCCGCAUACCGAGACGUUGAGCUCUUUCUGAUCCAUGACCAGGCUAUGGGUGUGUAUUUGUACGGAGAGCUAAUGGUCCAGGAAGACGCUCGGCAGCAAGCAUUAGCACGCCGCUGUUUAUCCAUCAUUAAAGAUGACAUGGACCAAUCAGCACGCACCGUUGUGGAAGAAAUGAUCCUCUGAGCUCACAAAUCAGGUUUCAGAACUGUCUGCUCUCUAGUCACAUGUUCAACUGAGGGAAGUCAAGCAGGAUCCCGCUGUCAUCUGCUCACUGGUGCUUUAAAGAGAACAACCAGAGGAAUAUGCACACAAACACAGUCCCUGUCAUAACUAGGGCUUUGUUUUCCAUCACUGCACAUUCAAGUUACUGUAUAGAACACAUGGAAUAAAAGCCAAAUGUCAUAUUUUUGUAUUGUCAUAAAGAAAUAAAAAGAUGGUACACAAAUAUCGGUGUCAUUGUAAAGUGUCAGAGAGUGACUACCUGAAAUUCCAUACUGAGGCGCACCCUGUUUUCAUGCACGAUGAAGCAAGUCAGCGUUUCGUGAACCUGUUCACCCUAUGCCCAUCACAUCAAGUCCCGAUCAGAUAGGAAGAAAAUGUUUGUGGUAAAAAUAUGAUUAUCAUGCAUGUUUGCACACUAAACAAGUCACCUUAUCUUCAAUGUUGGCAUUUUUACUAAACUGAACACAUUCAGGGUCAUUUCUGUCGCUGACACAGUAAAUAUCUUUCACAUUACAUUGUGGUUACACAUAAAAAUCAUUUAUUUGUUAAUCAAUAUUAAAGGGAUUCACCCAAAUUAAAAUUCUGCCAUUACACAAACACUUCAUUUUACUGCUGGUUCAAUCUACUUUUUCCUACUUUGUUUCAGUUUUUUGGGAGGGUUUGCUUUGUUCAAUCCACAAAUGACUGUUAAAAAAAAAAAAAAAAAAAGACUACCAUGGAUGUCAAUGGUCCCAACAUUCUUCAAAAAAAAAAUCUUCUUUUGUGUUCAACAAAACUCAAACUGUUUUGGAAUGAGACGGGUGAGAAAAUGAUGGCAGGAUUUACAAUUUUGGAAGUAUCGGGAUGCAUCUAGGCCUGCAGUUACUCUAGUAUCGAAUCUGAUAACUUGUGCUGUAAUUUUGUUUGUUACACAAUGCAGAUCUUCCAAUACUGUAAGGUCACAACACUAAUUAUAACAUUGAUAUUUCUGAAAAAUUAUGAACAAAAUACUUUUAUAAGCAAUAAAUUAGCAAUGGUGGG